GGAAAAAAAUAGAAAAAAGAACCAAAAAGAGGGAGGAAUAAGGAACAAGGAGGUAAGAAAAGGAGGGGAGAAGGGUCGGUGACUGCUUCCCCCCUUGGCGGCGCUAGAAGAGAGGGGGGCUAGGGUUUGGAGCUUUUUUUAUUAACCCCAACCUAUAAGGGUUAUUAUAAACUCAUACCCAACCUUUAUUGACCCGUUUGACCAGUACAUGAGCUUUGUGAAUCUUUUCAUAAAACACCCUCCGUCACCCAGUCCAUCAGGAGCCUCGUUAAGUGAGGAGGUGACGUUGUCGACAUGAAGCAAUUUAUGAGGUCACCAUGGUGGCUCAAAGUUGGAGGUUGCCAUGUCGGAUUCACGCCCAAAUGAAGCUGCACGCGUUGCCAUCCCCCAAGACGAUGAAGCCCUAAUCCCAAAUUAAACCCAAAUCAUCGAUUCCUCUACAGAGUACAGAAAAAAGAACUCUUCUUUCCAUUGCCAAAAGCCUUCAAUUCUUGUGGAUCGUAGAGGUAAAAGGAAUCGAAUCUUGAAGGUUUGAGUUGUUGUCGGUGAUGGCUUGGUGUACCAGACCUUGAGGAGAAGUGAAACCAGAGUACGGUGAACCUGAUAUGUUUACAGUGACCAUGUAUCACGGGGGCAGAUUUAGUGACAAUUUCUAUGUUGGAGGUGAUAUUGCCUAUUUUGAUUAUGUUGAUAAGGAAUUGGUUGAAAUAUGUUAUAUGGUUCAGGAAUUGGGUUAUCUGGAAAUGAUUAUACUUUAUCAUUAUAAGUUACCUGGGCAUUCAAACUCUCUCACUGUUGCAGUAUGAUGAAGAUGUAGGAGAUAUGUAUGCAUUAGUUCCAGAAUUUAAGGAGAUUGAGAUAUAUCUAGAGCAUUUAGACUAUGACGUUGAAGACUUCCUUAAAAGUAAAGAAUCACAAUCCUGUUCCACAGUUGAGAAAAAGUGUAAAGUGCUUAUUAAGGAAAUAUAUGAGGAACAUCCCCUGGCAAUUAUACCAAGUGGAAGCAAAGUUGGAGUUGACACUGAGGUCGAGAAUGGCUGUGACAUUGAGGUUGAGACUGGAAAUGACGAGGCAUUGGUAAGGGAAAGAAGAAGAAUUGGGAAAGGAAAGGCAGUUGUAACAGAACCAUAUGAUUCUUGUGAUGGUUAUCCUUCUGAAAACUUUAGAUUGGUAGAUACUGGGUAUGUAAUGCAUAAGAAUGAUGAUAUUGACCUAAAUACCUUAGUUGGAGAUGAUUGGCUGGGUGGUAUUUCAUUUACAAAUACACAAGGCCGGGUUGCACAUGAAUUUGCAAGUGAUGCCAUAACUAAAGCUACAAAUGGGCGUAAAAAAGAUACAAAUGGGCCUGAUCAAGGUGCAAAUGGUCAUCCUCGAGAUGGACCUGGACCUGAGAAAGGUGGAAAUAAGCCUGAGAAUGGUGCCACUAGUGAUUUUAAGCCACUAGAAGAUAUUGAAGAAGGUCACCAUAUUAAUGCUGAGUUGUGGGCUACAUCAGAUGGGGAAGAAGGUGGUUCAACUAAGAGGUUCACAGAAUACAAUCUUGAGACAGACAACUAUGAUCUACAGCAAAAAGGAUUGCCUGGAGCAUUUGAAGAUGUAGUACGUAAUGUUAAGCAUCAUUUUUAUGUUAGGCAUCUAUUCAGCAAGUACAUAAAAUUGUACAAGGGCAAGGCACUUAAGGACAUGUUUAAGCAUGAAGCUGUUAAGCCACCAUCGUACAGUAGACAUUCAGGAAGACUAAAGAAACUAAGGAGAAAUGAGGCUGAGGAGAAAUUUGAUAAAGCGGGGAAGAAAUGGUUUGGAAAACAAGGCCUUGCUAUGAGGUACAGCCAUUGUGGAGAAUAA